AAGAGCCAUACCUUUAGCCAUGGUAUUGGAAAAUGAAGCACUCUCAAUUUCAGUCGAGGCUUCAAAUAAUGUUAAGGCCAGACGAUCUUCAAGCUCAUCUUUUCUUACUCGCAUUGGCAUCGACGAAGUUUAUUCACCAGAGAUGUGGAGGGCAGCAAUGACGGAGCUAGUAGCAACAGCAACAUUUUUGUUCACUCUCUCAACAACAAUUAUCGCAUGCUUGGAUUCACAGCAGACCGAUCCAAAGCUUAUUAUACCAAUAGUCGUCUUCUUCAUCGCCUUCUUUUGGCUUAUGGCAACAGUUCCUUUAUCAGGAGGUUUCUUUAGCCCAUCGAUCGCUUUCAUGGCAGCUUUAAAAGGCAUCAUAACUUUUGUUCGCGCUCUCUUCUACAGCUUAGCACAGAUAUUCGGAGCCAUAUUAGGGUUUGUUAUAUUAAAGAGUGUCAUGAAUCCUGAAGCAGCGCAUAAGUAUGCCCUAGGUGGCUGCGUCGUUAAUGAAAAUGGUGAAGGAGUUAGUGCGGGGACUGCAUUAAUGGUCGAAUUUUCAUGCACGUUUCUUGUUCUGUAUAUCGCUAUGACAGUUCUUUUGGACAAGAGGAAGUGUCAGGAUCUAGGGUUGAUUAUGGUUUGUGUAAUGAUAUCAGGUGCUUAUGCAGUGUCGGUUUUUGUGUCGACCACCGUGACUGGGCGAGUCGGAUAUGGUGGCGUCGGGCUAAACCCGGCUAGGUGUUUAGCUCCUGCAAUCUUGCUUGGUGGUUCGUUGUGGGAUGGGCAUUGGGUUUUCUGGGUUGGAUCAUUUUUGUCUUGCUUUGUUUAUUAUGCAUAUAGUAUCGUGAUACCAAAGCAGGGGUUUGUAAGAGCAGAAAAGGAAGAAGAUUUGGUGCAGAUUGUUAGGGCUUCUUGUUUGUGAUCUGAAUCUUCCACUUUUUUUGAAGGAAAAGUUAAGGAAUUUAUUGCUAAA